AUGGAUUUGGGUGGCGGUUUCAAGGUCAAGCAUGGUCAUUUCAGGGCCGGAUUGGACUCCGGUGAGAUAUUGGUGGUGAGGCUGCCGGAUAAGAAGGUCAUGCGCAUUGUUUCCCGGUCAGUUUUUCUUGCUUUGGUUAUGCUCACACUGCCCUGCAUUAGGUCUAUUAUUAAGGGUGUGAGUGUUUCUGAAUUGGAAAGCACUCGUGGGUCUGACAUGUUCAAAUUUGAGCAAUUGGGUAUGAUUUUCAAUGAUUUGGCUGGUGAAGGCCUUCGUGUCGAGGGAGACAAGUCUCUCAUUGUGAGUCCUAGCAAUGCUGGUGUGAUCCAUGCUCUUCGUAGUUUGAAUGUUGUUGGUGAUGGAUUCGAAGUUGCUAUGGAUUCUGAUUCGGAGAGGAAGAGCUCGUUCAAGGACGAGUCUGUGGAUUUUGUGUUUGCGUUUGAUUUAGUUGACGCUAAAUUUGUGGAUCGGGUCUUGAAAGUUGGUGGCAUUGUUGCUGUUCCUCUAAGCAAUGACCCUUCAAAUGCUUUUAGUAAGACUUCCAAUUACAAGAUUGUGUAUCUUCGCCGGUACGCUUCGACUUUUGUGGCAAUGAGGAAGACCGGUCCGGCUGCUGAGCAGCAGCAGGAGAAUGCUGGCCGCCGCCGGCUUUGCCAAUUUGGAAGUGAGGCCAAGGAGGCCGUCCUACAGGGUCUUGAAGAUGUGUUGCUUGAGCCACCAAGACGUGGUUUGGCAAAAUCUAGCCAGUACUUGAAGAAGAUGAAGUUCCUCCCUGAUCUGCUGGGGAACUCUCUUGAAAAUUACGAGCGCCGUGUGUUUGUUAAUGUGGACUUGAAUGAGAAAAGCAAUGGCGCAAUUGAAUGGUUUCAUCAAAACUAUCCUAAAAUGAAUACAGAAUUUGAAGUACACAACCUUGAACUGGAGGCUGAAGAAGAAGCUUCAAGCAAGCCGCAGAAGGAUGUUUCAGGUUGGCUAAAGGAGAAUGUGAAAGAAGAAGACUAUGUUGUGAUGAAAGCAGAAGCAGAAGUUGUUGUCGAUAUGAUGCAGAAGCGCUCAAUCUGCCUGGUGGAUGAGUUGUUUCUGGAAUGUAACAAUGAGUGGUGGCAGAAUGGAAAGACUGAUAAGAGCAAGAGAGCUUAUUGGGAGUGCAUUGCUCUACAUGGAAGGCUAAGGGAUCUAGGAGUUGCUGUGCACCAGUGGUUUCUCUAG